AUGGUUCCUGAGUUCUGCCAGAAACAUUCCUGCCCUCCACCAAGAUCUCUGGCACCAGCAUCAGCGGGGCCCAAUCACAAGAUGCGCAUCGUCAUCGCCUUUGUGGGAAACCCCGACGCUGCCAAGAAGGAUCUAGUGAAGCUCGUUAAACGCCUGAAGAAGGAGAAAGUCAAUGUGGACAUUAUCAAUCUGGGGACACAGGAGGUGAGCACGGAAAAGCUGACGACCUUUCUGAAAACCUUGAAUGGGAGCGGCGGGAAAGGCUCUCACCUGCUCACGGUCCCUCUUGGACCCAACUUGGCUGAGACCAUCAUCGGUUCUCAGAUUCUGACUCGGAAAGGCCGGGCCGCAUCAGCGUCUGGUACCAAAGAAUUUCCCUUUGGAGUGGACCUCACCGGGCUGGCCCUGACCCUGCGUGUUUCGAUGGAAGAACAGCGCCAGUGGCAGAAGACCGGGGCCAAGGAAACACCUCCUGCCACCAAGGCGACGGUUGUGGCUCGGAAGAAGGAAAAUUCAGAAGAUGCCCUGCUGAAGAAGACCAUCAAUGAGCAGGAGUUUGGCCGCUUUGGGUUCCCUAUCGCGGGCAGUAGGUCCAAGGAGCGGCAGAAGGCUUAUGGCUCGCAGAUGAGCCCCGAAGAUGCUGAGCUGGGCCAAGGCACAUCAACGGCCACGGCCACCCAGGGCACAUCCAAAUCAGCCAUGGAGGAGGAGGAUUAUGACGUCUUGCAAGAUGCUGAGUUCCUGCAAAGUGUCCUCGAGAACCUGCCGGGGGUAGAUCCCCAAAGUGAGGCCAUCCGAAAUGCUACGGGCUCCCUGACCUUGGGGGACUCCCUGUCCACCAAGAAGGACAACAAAUAA